UUCCUCGUUGGUAUUUCGAGUCUUCUUCGGAUUCCUCUUCUGAAGAGUUCAUCCCAAACUCAGCACGACAUCUGGAUCAGCUCCAUCAGGACAGGAGACAUCUGGGGUCGGGACAGAUGUUGGGUUCCACCUGAACAUCUGCGAGUUGUAAAGGAGCAGGAGGAAGAGAUGGGAGGAGCAAUGUGUCGGGAGGAGGUGAAGGAGGAGAGGAACCGGAGCGUGGCGAUGGAGGACGGUCUGACGUCGGCGGACAGAAUCCGACGCUUCACCGUCAAACAGUUUGGAUACAACGUCCUGAGUCUGGCUCGCCGAGGUCUGAAGGACAUCCCUGAUGAACUGUGGGAGCUGGUGGAGCUCCAGAAGCUGAACUUAUCUCUUAACAGUCUGAAGGUGGUUGCUCCUCAGUUGGCCCAGCUCUCCAACCUGGUGGUCCUCAACCUGUGGGGGAACCAGCUGCGCAGUCUGCCACCAGAGAUUGGACAGCUGAGGAAACUCCGAGUUUUGUUCGUCUACAGAAACAGACUGGCUGAAGUCCCUGAAGAGCUCGGAGCCUGCACCGAGCUGGAGGUUCUGAGUUUGGCCAACAACCAGCUGACGUCACUGCCAUCCUCUCUGUCCAACCUGACCAGACUGAGGAAACUCAACGUCAGUCACAACCUCAUGGCUCAUGUUCCAGGCUGCAUCUAUAACAUGAAGGCUCUGGUGUUCCUCCAUCUGGCCUGGAACCGUCUGGAGAACCUCGCAGAGAACAUCCAGGCUCUGGUGGAGCUCAAGAUCCUCAUCAUGGAGGGAAACAACCUCCACUCUUUGCCCAGAGCCCUCUGCUGCCUCACCAGGUUGGAAUUACUGAAUGUGGACUUUAAUGACAUUAAAGAUGUUCCACAGGAGAUGCACCAGUUGUCCCGUCUGGAGAAGCUCGCCUACCAUCCUCUGGAUAAAGGACUCCACAUUGUUCACAACCCGCUGAUGAAGCCUGUGAAGGAGGUGCUGGAGGGGGGGCUCAGCGCCCUCUUCAACUACCUGAAAGCUGAAUAGAGCUGGGGGCGGGGCCUACUGACACCGUUUAAAAGGGGGCGGGGCUUAUGUCAACACGAAAACGUUCGUGGGGCUAGGGACUUCCUAUCA